UACAGAGCUGCUACGAUGCGCAGCAGGCCCGCAAGGGAAAUCGGUGAAUGGCAGGUUGUCUCUCUCCACGACCAACUCAUUCCUCACGACCAACUCAUUCCUCACUGUGCACAAUCUUCACUCCGAAAACUUUUAUACCCAUCAUUUUGCAUCCUUCCAAAUCACAGAAAUGAGAGAAAACAAUGAGAAAACUCCUCAAAUCCCUCCUCAACGCCAAAGGCCACCACCUUUUCAGACCUCUAUCUAUCUCACCUCAUUUGGGUUUCCUCCGUAUGCCAUAUGCUUCCUCUUUCUCACUUCCUGCUGUCUCUUCUAUGGAAUUUGAAAUCUCUAUUAUCGACCGGGCCUGCAACUUGGUCCAAAACUAUCAGUGGAUCUCUCUCAAAACUGAGUUUCCUUCGAUGAAUCCAUCAAUGGCUGCUUUUAUUCUAUCUAAACUCUCUAGCAAUCACUACUUGGUUCUUCAAUUCUUUUUAUGGGUCUCUGACCAACCAGGAUUCAAGCACUCAGUUGAGACUUAUUGCACAGCGUUACUGGUCUUGAGCAAUGGUGGUUUGAGAAGUGACAUAUUCGUUCUUAUCCAAAGGCUCAUAUUCAAUCACAGUAAGUCUUUUCUAAUUGAAGCUGUUGAUUUCCUUGUCAAUCACUCUGUAAAACCGGUGGUUUUGGAUACGAUUAUUGUUUCUCUGGUAAGGGUUCAGAUGUUUGAGGAAGUUGUUUUAGUGGUCGGUGUGAUCAAUAGACAUGGUUACAUUCUUCCUUUCCAAUAUUGCAAUAGAUUGGUGAGAUUUUUGAAGAUGAACAAAGGGAUUCUCGAUUUGAACCAUGUGAUUUUCUCCUCAUUUACUAGGUGCACAAAGAAUUUGGGGAUUAUCAAUGGAAUAAAACAAUUGGGUGGUGAUUCUUUGAUCAUAGGAAAAAGUAUGGGUAAAAAUUCAUCAAGAAAUUUGGGCUCUAGAAAGUUUAUUCUGAAGAAUAAAUGUGCAAAAAACAAUGCCUUACGUAGGUUGAAGAAAAUUGGUGCAGGGGAUGGGUACACUGAUUAUUCAGGGAAUAAAUUUGGCCCCAAUAUUUGCAAGCACAUUGGCUUGAUCAGGGCGUUGUGUCACAAAGGCAAGGUAGAAGUUGCUCUUAGGUUGAGAGAAAAAUUGCUUGUUGUUCCUGAUAUUGGUACUUAUAACCACAUGAUGAAUUGUCUCUGCAAACUGGGAUAUCUCGCAAAGGCAAAUAGGCUUUUGAAAGAGAUAAUGAAAGUGGGGUUGAUCCCCGAUUGUGUCACCUAUACUACAUUAGUUGAUGGGUUCUGUAGAUUUAAUUAUAUUGGUGGUGCUUUUGUUCUUCUAAAUUUUAUGGUGGUGAAUGGCAUCAAACCCAACAGAAUCACUUGUAAUAUACUUGUUAAUGCCCUUUGCAACAGGGGUCAAUUGGAAGAUGCUAAUAAGCUUUUAGCAAAGAUACUAACUGAGCACGAGGCCUCUAAUCUGAUCACUAUGACCAUUCUUAUGAAUGGACAUUGCAGGGAAGGGAAUAUGCUUAAGGCUCUUGAAUUAUGGGAUGAAAUGUUGAGAAAAGGUACCUUGGUAGACGUUGUUUCAUAUAAUGUUAUUAUUAAUGGAUUUUGCAUGGGAGGCGAUAUGAGUUUUGCUUAUAAGUUCUUCUCUGAAAUGUUUAAGAAGGGAAUUUCUCCUAACAUUGUGACAUAUAGUACUCUCAUAAAUGGACACUGUAGAGAAGGGAAAUUGGUAGAAGCAUGGAUCAUGCACUCUAAAAUGUCUUCUAAUGGUGUUUUACCUGAUCACAUCUCUUAUGCACUGGUUAUUCGAGGCCUUUGCUUGCACGGAAAUGUAUGCAGAGCACAUCAGCUUCUCCACAAGAUGUUAGAUGAUUCUAUCCUUCCUGACCCUUUUGUGUGGAAUUUAGUUAUUGAUGGGUAUGGAAGAUGUGGAGAAAUAGAGCUUGUAUAUGAGGUGACAGAUCAUAUGUUAGCAUUAAAUGUGGCACCCAACAUUUUCACCUACAAGGCCCUUAUUCAUGCUCAUGUGAAGGAAGGAAAUCUUCAAGGAGCAUUCAUGUUGAAGGAAGAGAUGUUUGAAAAUGGGAUUCUUCCUGAUGUGGUUACGUACAACCUGCUUAUAAGUGUGUUGUGUAGUUUUGGUCAUGUAUAUUUUGCAUUUCAAUUGCACGAUGAAAUGUUAAGAAAAGGGUACCACCCUGACACAGUCACUUAUACAGAGUUGAUUCGUGGGCUUUGCAUAAGUGGCGAAACGCAUGAGGCCCAUGAGCUUUUGGUUAAGAUGAAGAAAAUGGAUGUGCCUCUUGACCAUGUACCGUACCACAUACUUAUAACGAAAUAUUGCAAAGAGAAGCAGUUGGAUAUUGCGUUUGAUCUCUAUGAGGAAAUGUCAGAAAAGGGUCUCCGUAGUAAGGCUUGUACCUAUCGUACCCUUAUUACUGAAUUGACGAAGAAGGGCCUUUUUAAAGAAGCCCUGCAGGUAUAUCAUAGCAUGGGUAUAGAAUCUGCAAUAUAGGAUAGAGAUUUCGUUGCUAUUUCAUCCAUGGAAGUCUCAUCGGGCACCUCUUAGAAUCCAUUUGGUUCCCAAAGUUGCUUCAUAGACAUGGGUUUUCCAUGUCAUGGGUGAUAUAGCAUGGCAUGGGCAGUCCAAAAGAUACUCAGAUAUUUGAGCUCCUCCGGUGUACCAGGAGAUGAGCACAGCACAUUUAAAUGUGUGCAUCAAGAUCGGGCUUUGGGGCUCAUGAGGUAGGAAUGGAAUCAUUGAUGUUACAUGGUGGCUCUGCCACAUUGACCAACCAGGACAAGGGCCAAUUCCUGAUGGCUGCUCGCUCUUUGUUUCCAUGUGCUGCCUUCCAAGCAAUUCUGCCUCCAUUUUGUGGGCAUAAAACACUUCAAAACAAACUCAGUGCAGGACUUAUAAAUAACAAGGGUGAAGGAUAAAAAGGCAGGCGAAUCAUCUUGUAAUAUUGUUAUGAACAUGAAUUGAAACACACAAUCACGGGAAGAGGCCAAUCCCAAAAAACAGUCCUAAGAGCCAUCUUGUGCCGCUUCCUCCUUAGCGAGUGUGUCAGCCGCUUGGUUUCCUUCCCUCCAAAUAUGCAUCCAUAAGACCUGCGUAUCCCUGCAAAGGUGGUUAAUCUCAUAAAAAAUAUGAGCUAGGACCCAGUGUGGGGGAGAAUAUUUGGAAGCCCAAGAAAUAACGUUCUUGGAGUCUCCUCAAUGGUGAGGGACCGAAUGUGAAGGGAGGAAGGAGCUUGACAUCCUCAUGUCGCGUGGUUUCCUCUGCCUCCAUAGAGUCGGAAUAACCUAUGAAUUUAGAAAUGGACGCAAUAGUGGAUCCUGAGUGAUCCCUGAGUAUAGCACCAAGUCCUUUUUCCUUUUACCAACUGAGCUAGUAGGCCAGAAGAGUUGAUUGGAGUUCUUCGUCCAAGCUUAGCAAUGGCCAAUAUGCUUGGGUUUGUGAAUGUAAUUGAGAGCCAAAUUUGGACUACUACUUCUGGUUCAUUAUUUAUUUUGUUUCACUUGUGACUUUGUUUUAUGUGGUGCUUUGAAAACCUUGGCUCUCUACCUUGGUAACGUUUACAACUUCUUGUUGGCAAUACUUUAAGAGCGCAUGUACUAUGCUCCUGCGAGAGCAUACUCUGCAUUUACUCCUCCUCCAGGAAAACUUAGGAGGAUUUUUUGAUCUCAAAAUUUGGGAAACAGUAAGUAUCCUUAUUUGAUUUAUUUCAAAAUAAAAACUGUGGAUUUUGAGUUCUCUAAACACUUGGACCCCACCCUAAAACAAUUGGAUGGUCUCUAUUCAAUCUUGAUGCAUUUUAUUUUCAAGCAUAUAGUGAAAUUUCUUUUUUUUUUUCUCUUGAGGUUAGUCUAUAGGUUGAAGACUUUACAUCCCCAAAAUUUGGGGUCCUAAAAAUACUCCUAUAGUGGGUUUUACCUGAUGAAAUAAGUGCAGAAUAUGCUCCCACGGGAGCAUGGAACCUUUUGGCUUUCUUUAAUAUGAACAGAGUGAAAAUAUAUGUCAUUGAUAUCAAACAUGGAACAUUUAUUUUGCGGUUUUUCCUUUUAUGUAUGCCAUGCAGUUUUUGUUUUUGUUUUUCUUUUUUAAUCUUUUGUAUAAGACUAAUUAUAAUUUGUCUUGCCUCCAGAAAAUUAAUCAUGUUUGUCAACCAUAUCCAUGUCAUCCUUGGUGAAUUGUUGCUAGUGCUCAAUGAUUUACUUUGAUUCUUGAUUGUAUAUGCAUUUAUUCUUGUCUUGUUUUCUAUUUAAAUUUUAAUGGAUCCUUGUUUCUUCUACAUGUUGCGAAAGCUGAAGAACAUGCUUCACUUUGAAGAAUAUGUGCUUUUUGAACACAUGCAUGUGUGAAAUGCAUUGCAUGUAAAAUUAUGUUGGUUCCAUUGUGAUUACUUAACAUGGAAGUACGUUAGUCGAAGCUUGUAUGAGAUGCUGUUUCGUUACCAGAACUUGUUCCUCUGCUGCAUCGUAAAACAAUAGUAGCAUCCAAAAAUUAUAAGCUUGUAUGAGAUACUGUUUCAUUGCCAGAACUGGUUCCUCUGCUGCAUUGUAAAACAAUAGUAGCAUCCAAAAAAUACAAUGAUUCACUUCUGCAGACCAUCACUGUGGGGGAACCCUCAAUGGACCUAGUUUUUGAUGCACUUCAAAGAAGGUUCCUUGGGUUUUCACCGCAGUCGUAAAAUGGAUAAGGAGAGAAGUCACGUGUUUCAGGCCUCUUAAGGUGUUGUUUCCAACUAGCCAGACUGUGAAACCUUAAAUUCCUUUUCCAAAUGCCAUCUUUUUUCCUCAUACAUAUACUAAAUAACAUGAUUGUAAACCUUCUACACAACACUAAUUUUGGAUUCUCUUUUUCAAAAUGAAUAUCUAUAGAGGUUUGGGUGUUACGACUUCUACAAAAAGAAGAAGUUUGUGCAGAGAAAGUGGGACAUGUGAAGAUGCACGAGUUCGUGAAGAACUAUGCUUCACUUCUCUGGGGUUCUGCACUCCUCUCUCUGAUGCCCAUGGAUAAAGAGAUAGAGUACAUAAAGCCAUGUACUACAGAAUUAGAUGGAAAUACAAGUAAAAGGACACUAUUUCCCUGUGACUACCAACAUGCUUUUCUCACACUGAUGUUCUUUAUUCAUGAACAUCAGUUUGUUGACCAAGAUUUGAGAGUGGCUUUGUCUGCGGACAGGUAUUUAUAAGAAAGAUGCAUAUGUUCAUGAGCAAAUUUCUUUGGUUAAGUGACUAUUUCCCUAAUUGUUUUUGUGCUUCCACGAAAACUGAAUUAAAGGAAACCUGGACCGAACUUGGAAUAUCAAAUUGGAGUUGGAGUUGUCAUGAGAAAUUUGUAUCUUUGUAACCCAUGUAAACAAAUAACCUUACUACAGGUAGAAGGCAUCUCAGAUACCCUGAUUUGAUAUUGGAUUUAAAUGGUAUGUUUGUUUCUUACACUUUCGAAAAUAGUAAAUAAUGUCCAGCACAAUUGGCAUUUUGAAAGUCAAUGUGGGAUGAUGAGGGAGAGAAGCGUGAUCUACUAAACAUGCCCUUAAAAUACCAAAUAAUCAUUUGAACAAGUGAUGUGUGCAUGCACGAUAAGCUAAGAACAUGCACUUUUUGGGUGAUGUCAAUGAUAUAUUAUGUCAAAUAAACAUAAUAGUAGUGCUUUCUAACGCAUUUCCAUCAUCUUUAGAGGACCUGAAGGGGAAUGAAUCGCCUUAUUAGCAGUGAGAUUAGCAAGUGAAAGGAUAUUCUUUUCAUAUCUUAUUGGCUUAUAAAAUACCCAUUUUAAGGCUAAGAACUUCAAGUUGUAAGAAAUAUGUCAUUACACCUUGAUCCUUCAUUUCAAACUUCCUCUCUAGGAGAUGCUGGUAGUGAUCUAUGCCCUCGUGGUCACCCUCGGCAGCAUGUCAUCAACAUAAACUGGUUGUAAAACAACACCUUAGUGUGUUUAAAGAGGCGUUAUACCCACUCUGAUUCAAUCCAACAUGAAUAAUAUAAUGAAAUUUCUCGAACUGCAUGCUAGGUGCGCAUUCAAAACUUGCACGCCUUUCUGCAGCUCACAAACUUAGUGGUGAUUAGCAGGUCACUGGAUUGUGCAGGAGGAAGCAACUGGAUUCUUUAUUCGUAGAAAUAGAGUUCCGUGGAAGUGUCAGUAUAGAUUGAAUGGAGUAGGCUUAUUCUGGUUCCAGACUGUCUUUGGCAAGCAUAUUCGCAUUUUAGUUUAUGAGUUUUGAGCUAGUUCUUUCUUAUUGGAUAAAGCAAACCAUAAUACCAUGAGCCUUGGAAGAUGCAAAAUAGUUAAUGCUGAAAAGUCAAUUGGAUAAUGAGAUUUAAUGCAUAUUUUAAUUGGAGAAUGUGGACUUGGAUUCAUCAAUUAAUUUUGAGGAAUAUCUGAAGAGUUUUAACCAAGUUUAUUCUAUCUUCCCUAUAAAGUUAGGUGGAUCUUUGCUUUAAAUCUUUGUGUUGCUCACUGUGUUCUCAUUUAAGGUAUAAGGAAGGCUUGAAGUUAUCUUUUUCUGUUUGUAUUAAUGACUUCUGGCAUUUGACAAGUUAACUUCAUUUUACAGACCAUGUGGCCCAUGGGAAUUCUAUCCUGGGCAAAGCUUGCCUUCUGAGUUCAAUGCCUGCCCUUAGAGAAGUGGUCCAUGUAAUUCCAAUGUUUGCCUCCGUGUAAUUCCAAUGUUUGCCUUAAAUGACGCAUACACAAUUAGCAGUUGGAUAUGUCCUUGGUGAUAUACACAGCUUCACUAUUCAAGUAUGACUUGCAAAGAUAAAAUUGGCAAAUCUUUCCAGUGGCAUACAUCUAUUUCACUCACGUGGUAGCUACUAAUUGGAAAGGGGAUUGUAUACUAUGAGACCAUUCACCUUUGGUAUAACAACUUCAUAAUCAUCCUUAACAAUCGAUUGUAAACUCUAACGCCAUGGGGUGCGUCACAAAGUCAAUGGCACUCAUUCAACCACCUGAUUUGAUGUCCAAUGUCCGAGGGUAAUUGUGACCUCCCUAUAUCAAAUGUAAAUGGUCUUAUUUUAUACUUUCCCUUGAAAAAAUUGCUUUCUUUUCUUCCCUUGUGCUUUAUAACAUGCACUAUUCUAUGUGUCUUGCAUCAAAUUGUUGUUAUUGUUGUAAAUGCAUUUUGGUUUGAUAAGUCAUGGAAAAGUAAAUUUUUGGAGUAUAUGGAGCGAAGUCUUUGUAUUUGGAACAUGGCAAUGAUGAAGGUUGUCGAUGCUAGUGGGCCACCAGGACUUCCAAGUUUGUUAUAGUAAGGCUGUCACUGGUCGUAUUUCAGUGUUAUGCUUUUCACUUGAUGAGGAGGUAUGCCAUUUCUAUUGGUAGAAAGCAAAAUCCUUGAUGUCUUUUUUUGUUUGUUUGUUUUGCAUGAUGUGGAUUGUGGCCUUCCUCCAUCAAUUCUCUUAAGCAAGUACAUGUAUUUCUCAAGUAAUAUAAAGGCAUGCGAUGACCUAUUAGAAAGAGAGCGCCUACUUGUUAAGGAAAACACGUAUAACAUGCUAUCGUAUACCCAAUCACCCGAUCUUACGGUUCAAAUUCGCUUAUUUACUGCUCAACAGUCAUCCAAAAGAAAAGACUCUCUCUCAAGACUUGUUCUUGGCAGCGAGCCCAGCCUGUCAUUGCGAAUGAAAGCUAGUGAGCAUCGGAUCAAAAGGUGGUAGGUUCUCUCCAAUUAAUGGAACAUCCAACAAAUCACAGGUACAUACUCGAAGCCUACGAAAAUCCCCAGGCUCGAUGAACUUUUACACUCCCAACCUCCGUGAGAACUUGAGGCCAACAUGAAACCCAAUGCUGAAGAAUAUCGGAAAGUACAAUCACGUUGCCUUUGAAGAACUUCCCCUCUAGGCCUUCUUCCAAAAUUGAAAGGUACUAGGGCAAUUCUUGGACAACCUUCUCUUGUUCAUCUCCCUCCGAGUAUGACAUUCUCCAUAGAAGAGGAAGCAUCUCUACAAGCCAAAAAGAAAAGAGAAGUAUGAGAUGCUUUACCAGAAACUCUCUAAAUCCGAACUGUGAAAAACUAGAAUAUGCUAUAGUGAUUAGCAAGGGAAGAAGGGUUAUCUUAUCAUCUCAGAAUUUGGCCCAAAUCCGAGGCACUGCUCUCUGAUGAGGAUGUUUGGCCAAGGUGGGGUUUUUGUGGCCAUGUUUCUUUUGUAUAUAUUCUAAGAUCAACAAGGAUUCAGCCACUGGAUUUGGCCAUGUAAGAGGAAGGGGACCUUCUUGUAAACCGGGUUGCAGUGUAAAAGUGAGUGGCUUUUGAUAGAAAGAUUUAUGUACUGGUAUUGGAUUCCCUGGUGCUUCAACAGCCAUUCUGCUCUUGACUGAAUGACCACAUUCCAAACACUUUCUCCACCCA